GGGUGGGAUCCCACGUUUAUCCUGCUUACCUUCUGCAAAUGUCCCGGAUGUCAGAUGUUCAUUGAAGGCCUGCCUUAAUCUAGGCCACAAUUUUGCUUAACAAUGAAACGGGAGGCUCGAAAAUUAAGAAAGUUCCUCAUAUUGUUAGAUAAUGAGACCUUGUUGUAUCAUCCCGGAUCUUUUGUUUCUGGAAGAGUUUUUGUAGAAUUGGAUAACGACACGGCUGUAACAGUAUUAUAUUUCCAUGUUGUGGGAGAAGGAAUUGUAAGAUUGUCUGGAACGGGGGGUACCACGCACAAUGAUUCGGAAAAUUACAUCGAUUUUAAAAUUAAACUUUUAGAAGACAAAGGUAAUGGAAACGUAAUAUUAUCUCCCGGAGUCCAUUCCUUUCCAUUUAAGUUAGGUCUGCCAUUAGGUAUGCCAUCGACUUUUCUAGGAAAACACGGUUGGGUGCAAUAUUAUUGUAAAGCUUCUCUAAAGGAACCUAACGGUUUGAUUCAUACAACUCAACAAGUUUUCAUAGUCAUGAAUCCCAUCGAUUUGAAUCUAGAACCAGCACUUUUAAUGCAACCUUUCCUAUGCGAAAUAGAAGAAACAUUUGGUAUACCAUGCAUCACUUCAGGACCAGUCACUUGUAGGGUGAGACUAGAUAAAGGUGGUUAUGUACCAGGAGAAAGUAUCUGCAUCUACGCUUCUAUAGAAAACAAUAGCAAAGUUGGUAUUCGAAAAACGAGAGCAAUAUUGACGGAAACUAUUCAAUAUAUAGUGAAAAAUAAACACGUGCAGUCGGAAUCAAGAGAAUUAGCUUCGAUAGAAAAAGGUGGAAUAGAAGCAGGAACCGCUGAAAAAUGGAAGAAUGAAUUGCUGUACGUUCCUCCCUUACCACCCACAAAUUUAAGAGGAUGCCAUUUAAUACGUAUCCAGUAUGACGUUUAUUUUAUCAUUUCACCUAAAGGAUUUGACAGCAAACUGAAGUUACAGCUACCUAUAAUGAUAGCUACUCAUCCAUUAAGAAAUCAAGACGGAACAUUAAAGAGAAAACGUGGCACCCAAUAUCCAACAACUUUACCUCUAUUCAGACCUUGGCUAGCAUCUGGAAAAACAUUUAAAUGAAAAUUAUUUUUAAUUUUAUUAGUUGCCAUCAUUUAUAACAUAGAUACUGGGGAUAAAAACACUUAUUAAAAAAUAUAUUGUAUAUUAAAUGAAAUCAAACUGUGACAGUUAAUAUUGAAAUAAAUGCUGGACACUUUAUUUUAUGCAACAGACAUUCAUUACCAGUUUUUGUAUUUACAUUGUAGAAACAAACUUUGUUACUUUUAUAAUACUCUGUAUCAUGUGUGAAUAUAUAAAUAAAUCAGAUCAGCUUUUAAGAUUUUGUGUUUUUUUCACUCAUUUAGUAAACUCAUAUGAAAAGCUGUU